ACCUCCCGGCCUUGCACAAGAGCCGUUGACGAUUGCAUGAGCUUGUACGACAGUCCAUUAGACGUAGCCAUCUCCGCCAAGGUGAACAGCGCGCGUGUCACCUCCUGCGUCCGCUACUCUCCACCCUCCGACGCCUCAACCCAGCACCGCUACUUGUAUCGCUAUCCUAGUUAUCAUGGCGCCUUUCCAUGCCGCAACAGCAGCUUGUCUGGAUAGUAACAGGCUGUAGUACCGAGCUGGCCAACGCGGGCUAUUCGGGGUAGCCGUCCAUGGAGGAGGUGCCGUAUGAGACUCGACUUGCGCAGCUGCAUACCUAUAUUUUCAGACUUCCACCAUCUGCAAUCAAUCAUGCCUCACAUCCGGCGGCGCGGGAGGGGCCGCUCACUCGAGUAACGGUGUGUACCCUGCAGCCACUCGGGCGGGACCCUGGCCUUACUGUCGCAGAAGCUUAUGCGGUGCGGCGUGGACCCGUACUGGGUCAUUUUCCAAGGCUUUACGGCCCAUGCUGCCAGCAAGCUCUGCCUCGACCGACUACCAACGUACUCUGUCGCGGAAACCGCGCCGCUCGGCUAUUCAGAGGUGAUCACCGUCGAUCCCGGCAUGUACCGCAACGAGAUGACUUCACACUCCACUCACGAAUGGACCUUGAAGCCGCUCACACGGCUAGCAUGGAGCUGGCCGCGGACCAGAUUGCCGCGUCAGACCGGACGGGAGAGACACACUGCCAGCCUCUGCAUGACAUGUUAACCCGGGUGGACUUGUAGAUCCAGGGGAACGGGCCUGUUGAUUUGGCGAAGGUUGCUGGCAUUGCGGUGGACAUGGUGAGAAGGGAGGGGUGGGCGGUGGGAAAACAGUGGCAGGCUUUCUUUCCGUUCGGGAGAGAUGCUAUGGAGACGGCGAGGAGGUAUGCGCAGGGGGUGUUGGAGGUGU